UGUAAUCAAAAGAAUUAAUCAUAUAUUUUUUUGUAACUGAAAAAUCGCAACUGUGAUUAUUUGGGCGUGUUUAUACUUAUAUAUGUUAAAAUAUUAGAAAGAACUUUAUCGGAUGAUUUAUCCCUUAGUAGUAAUACGCAACGCUAACAUUGGGAGGUUAGGACGAUUCGUAGUUCUAAUGAUCAGUAAUCUAGUAAUUUAAUAGUUUAACGAACGUCAGAAAAAUUGUAAUUUCAAAAUAAAAGUAUAAAAUGAGACAAACGAUUUUAAAAUUAUACAAAGAUUUAUUGCGCUAUGGUGAUAAUUUGAAGUAUACAGACAAAGAAUAUUUCCGAUACAGAAUUCGUAAAAAUUUUAAACAAAAUAAGCAUUUAAUUGAUCAAAUAGAGAUUGACUUUCAAUUGCAAAAGGGACAAAAGCUUCUACAAAAUCAGAGAGUAUUGUAAAUCUAUAGUUCGUUAUAGUAAAAUUAGACAAACAUAAUUAUAUAUUGCUUACAGCAAUGCUGAAACUGUUAAAUAGAGCAUAUAAUAAUCAAUUUUAUGA